UGUCUCAAACAGUUAAUGGCCGAUAUCGAAGUGACAAUUGUUUUUUAAAGUUUUCAAUUGUACACUUGUUAAUACUUUCGUACCAUUUUGCUUAAAAAUUUUCAGUUUUUGUUAUCCUGCUUUUUCUAUGUAACAAAACAAAUUCAAAAGGUGUUUAGGUUAUCAAUACUUUUUAUCAUAUCAUGUGUUUCUGUGUUAUUGUUCGAUUUCUACUCAAUUAAUAAUUGCUACACAAAAACAGUAUGUAUUGUCAAUUAGAUAUUAAGAACAUCGCAGUUUGCCUACAGGAAUUUAGUCAAGUGCCCAUUAGUUUCCACUAUGGCUACAUCAGUGUCAGUUGAUGAACGUAUGUUAAAAGGUAUAAGAAAAAUAAUUCCAAAUCUGAAUAAUACCAAAUAUAAAGGACAAGAUGGUAGAAUUGGAAUAUUUGGUGGUAGUAUCGAAUAUACUGGUGCCCCAUAUUAUGCAGCAAUGAGUGCACUUCGUACUGGAUGUGACUUAGUGCACAUAUUUUGUGUGAAAGACGCAAGCAUUCCUUUGAAAUCAUUUAGCCCGGAACCUAUUGUUCACCCAGUUUUAGAUCAAUAUGAUGCGAUUAAACAAGUAAGACCAUGGCUUGAUCGUUUGCAUGUAAUCGUUAUUGGACCAGGUCUUGGCAGAGAUGAUAAAAUAUUUAAAACAAUUGUUGAAUUAAUUUCAAUUUGCCGUGAUAUGAAAAAGCCACUAGUAAUUGAUGCAGAUGGAUUAUUUCUAAUUAGCCAAAAGCCUGAUAUUAUAAAAGAGUAUCCAGGUGUAAUUCUUACUCCUAAUGCAAUGGAAUUCAGUCGUCUUGUUAAAGGAGUACUGGACAAAAAUGUUCAACCUACACCAAUGGUUAAAGCUAACGAUGUUAAACAUUUAGCAGAUGCAUUUGGCAAAAAUGUAGUAAUUCUGCACAAAGGAGCGAAGGAUGUAAUUGCAGAUGGACAUAAAGGUACAGAAGCUGUGUCAUGUGGACUAGCAGGUUCUGGGAGAAGAUGCGGAGGUCAAGGAGACUUACUAUCUGGCGCGUUAGCUGUAUUUUGGUGGUGGGCUAUUUGCGCAGGAAGUAGUGAAAGUGCUUUGUCACCUCCAAUAGCUGCGAGUUAUGCUGCAUCUAGAUUAGUAAGAGAAUGCAAUGCAUCUGCAUAUAAGAUAAAGCAAAGGGGAAUGCUAACAUGUGAUAUAUUGGAACAAAUACAGCCAGUUUUUGCUAGAAUUUUUGAAACUCAUUGUAACAAAACAUCUUCAUUCAAUGGGAGAAGUCGAACACGAAGCACUGAUUCCUGAAUUAUAUUUAUAAUUCCAUAAUUUUUCAUUGUACAUAAAAAUUUAGUAUAUAUUUGAUUUUUAUUAAAUCAUAAAGUGAUAACAUUAGAAAGGAAAAUUAUAUAAAUUCAGGAAUGCAAAAAUCACCAUGAAUUUAUUAUAACUAAUGAUAGAUCUUUUUAAUGUCAUUAAAUGCAUUACAAAAUAAAUAAAACAUUUUAUAAGCUUUCAUAGACUUAAUUCUACUAA